GGCGGCGGCGCGGGAGGCUCGGGCUGUGCCCGGCGGGGGUCGGACGGCCUCCGGGACUGCAGCGGCCGCGCUCGGCUCGGAUGGGGUAGCCAUUCAGUUAACAAAGCUGAGAGGAGGCCCCUGAAGCUGCAGUAUGGACCCACAAGAAUCGCCUCCUCCCGCACCAGAAGAAAAUGAAGUAAAAUAUGAUACUAAUAAUAACGAAGAAGAGGAGGGAGAACAAUUUGAUUUUGACAGUGGAGACGAAAUUCCAGAAGCAGAUAGACAAACACCGUCUGACCCCACUGCCAGUAAUGCUGUAGCGAAUGAAGAAGCUUCCAACACAGCAGGAGAAAAUGGACCUGGGACAGAAACAAUGGUGUUAGCAGAGCCCGCUAAACUCACGGUGCCAACUAAGGUCAAUCCAUAUUCAGUCAUCGACAUCACCCCGUUCCAGGAAGAUCAGGCCCCAGCUCCGGAACCGAAUGCCGAGGAGGACGGCUUGAGCCUGCACGUGCCCAGCGGGUACUCCAUUCCCGUGCCCUGUGGCUACGCAGUCCCUUCAAGCCUGCCUUUGAUACUGCCGGCCUACUCCAGUCCUGUCAUCAUUCGCACUGUUUCUGUGGACGAAGAAGCAGAAACACAGGAAGCAGCAGAAGAUAGCCAGUUUAAUUCUUUCAGUUCUGAGGAUCCACCAAACAGUGAAGAUCAAGGCAAUAAAGAAGACAGUGCCCUGGCCCGAUGGGUUGCAGAUCCUGCCAAUACAGCGUGGAUGGAAAAUGCAGAAGAAGCAAUUUAUGAUGAUGUCCCAAGAGAGAAUUCAGACUCGGAGCCAGAUGAAAUGAUUUAUGAUGACGUUGAAAAUGGGGAUGAAGGUGGAAACAGCUCAUUGGAAUAUGGAUGGAGCUCAAGUGAAUUUGAAAGUUACGAAGAGCAAAGUGACUCAGAGUGCAAAAAUGGAACCCCUAGGUCCUUCUUGCGUAGCAACCACAAGAAGCAACUUUCUCAUGACCUAACCCGUUUAAAGGAGCACUAUGAGAAAAAGAUGAAAGAUUUGAUGGCAAACACUGUGGGAGCGGUAGAGAUUCAGCAGCUAAAGCAAAAACAUGAACUGAAGAUGCAAAAACUCAUGAAGGCUGCAAAGGAGGGCACCAAAGAUGGCCUUGAGAAAACAAAAGCUGCAGUGAAGAGAGGCCGCUCGUUCAUCAGAACCAAGUCUUUUAUUUCUCAAGAUCACAGAUCUUGCCUUGAAGAAGAGCAAAAUUUAUUUAUUGAUGUUGACUGCAAGCACCCAGAAGCCAUCAUGACCCCAAUGCCUGAAGGUUUAUCUCAGCAGCAGGUUGUAAGAAGAUAUAUUCUGGGUUCAAUUGUGGACAGUGAAAAGAACUACGUAGAUGCUCUUAAGAGGAUUUUGGAGCAAUAUGAGAAACCACUGUCUGAGAUGGAGCCAAAGAUUCUGAGUGAAAGGAAACUGAAGAUGGUGUUUUACCGGGUUAAAGAAAUCCUGCAGUGCCAUUCCAUGUUUCAGAUCGCGCUGGCCAGCCGAGUUUCCGAGUGGGAUUCCUUGGAGAUGAUUGGCGAUGUCUUCGUUGCUUCGUUUUCUAAAUCCAUGGUCCUGGAUGCUUACAGUGAAUACGUGAAUAAUUUUAGCACAGCUGUGGCAAUCCUCAAGAAAACGUGUGCUACAAAGCCUGCUUUUCUUGACUUUCUAAAGCAGUGCCAGGAAUCAAGUCCAGAUCGAAUCACACUCUAUAGUUUGAUGAUGAAACCAAUACAGAGAUUUCCACAGUUCAUUCUUCUGCUCCAGGAUAUGUUGAAGAAUACGUCCAAGGGACAUCCUGACAGGCUUCCUCUUCAGAUGGCGCUCACAGAGCUUGAAACAUUAGCGGAGAAAUUAAAUGAAAGGAAAAGGGAUGCUGAUCAACGCUGUGAAAUUAAACAGAUAGCAAAAGCCAUAAAUGAAAGAUACCUAAACAAGCUUCUCAGCAGUGGAAAUAGGUAUCUCAUCCGAUCUGACGAUAUGAUAGAAACAGUUUACAACGACAGAGGAGAAAUUGUUAAAACCAAAGAACGUCGGAUCUUCAUGUUAAAUGAUGUACUGAUGUGUGCUACGGUUAGUGCGCGCACCUCGCAUGAAAGCAAUGCUAUGAUAUCAACCAGCCAAAGGUAUUUAUUAAAAUGGAGCGUUCCUCUCGGACACGUAGAAGUAAUAGAAUACGGCAAUAAUGAAGGCCCCGGAGAAAACAGCAGGUAUCCCCCAGUGCACUCGCUGGAGAGCCUGCUGGUGGUUGCCAAUGCUAAGCCAAACAAAGUUUACACGGGACCAGGACAGCUCUACCAAGACUUACAAAACUUGUUGCACGACCUGAAUGUAAUUGGUCAAAUCACUCAACUGAUAGGAAACCUUAAAGGAAACUAUCAGAACUUAAACCAGUCCAUAGCCCAUGAUUGGACAUCAGGUUUACAGAGACUUAUUUUGAAGAAAGAAGAAGAAAUCAGAGCUGCUGAUUGCUGUAGAAUUCAGUUACAGCUUCCGGGGAAGCAAGACAAGUCUGGGCGACCUACUUUCUUCACAGCUGUGUUUAAUACAUUUACCCCUGCCAUCAAGCAGUCUUGGAUCAACAACUUACAGAUGGCUAAGCUUGCCCUUGAGGAGGAGAACCAUAUGGGUUGGUUCUGUGUAGAAGACGACGGGAAUCAAAUUAAAAAAGACAAACAUCCUCUCCUUGUCCGAUACAUGCCAGUGAUGGUGGCCAAACAGCAGGAGUUUAAGAUUGAAUGUGCCGCUUAUAAUCCUGAACCUUACUUGAGUAAUGAGAACCAACCAGAUUCAGUCUCCAUGGCGCAUGGCUUCCUGUGGAUUGGAAGUUGUACCAAUCAAAUGGGCCAGAUAGCCAUUGUCUCAUUUCAAAAUUCCAACCCCAAAGUUAUUGAAUGCUUCAAUGUGGAAUCUCGCAUCCUUUGUAUGGUCUACAUACCAGUGGAAGAGAAACGGAAAGAGCCCGACGAGGCCUCCGAUUGUGAAACUGGAGCUGUGAGAGCAUCAGGUGUCCCGACCAUUUGUUUGGGGACGGAAGAAGGAAGCAUUUUCAUUUAUAAAAGCAGCCAAGGCUCAAAGAAAGUGAGACUCCAACACUUCUUCACUCCUGAGAAAUCCACCGUCAUGAGCUUAGCCUGUACGUCUCAGAAUCUGUAUGCUGGCCUCGUGAAUGGGACUGUUGCCAUCUACACAAAAGCAGAAGAUGGAUCGUGGAAUUCUGAGCCUCAAAAAGUGAUAAAAUUAGGCGUCCUGCCAGUUAGAAGUCUACUGCUGAUGGAAGAUACAUUAUGGGCUGCUUCUGGAGGCCAAGUUUUUAUAAUCAGCAUUGAGACCCAUUCUAUAGAGAAUCAGCUUGAGGCCCACCAAGAAGAAGGCAUGGUGAUCUCUCACAUGGCUGUGGCUGGCGUUGGAAUUUGGAUCGCCUUUACAUCUGGGUCCACACUUCGUCUGUUUCAUACAGAAACACUUAAGCAUCUCCAGGACAUCAACAUAGCCACCCCUGUUCAUCAUAUGUUACCAGGGCAUCAGCGGGUGUCUGUGACUAGUCUGCUGGUUUGCCACGGCUUACUGAUGGUUGGCACCAAUUUGGGCAUCGUGGUCGCCCUGCCAGUUCCUCGGCUGCAGGGGAUCCCCAAAGUAACUGGAAGAGGUAUGGUUUCCUACCAUGCACACAAUGGACCAGUCAAGUUCCUUGUGACCGCUACGGCUUUACACAAGAAAAACAAAAACAAGUCCAGAGAUAGCCUGCCCCCCAGUUCUGAACCCCAGGAUGAAGACCAGAAGGACAUGCUUCCAAGCGAGGCCCUCAGCUCUUGCCUAAGUCACAGCAACCCUGAUGGUGCCAUUUGGUUGGGAGACCCACUAGGCUCAAUGACUCAAAAGAGCGACUUGUCGUCAUCUUCUGGCUCCCUGACUUUGUCUCAUGGCUCUAGCUCUCUAGAGCACAAGUCAGAGGACAGUAUCAUCUAUGACCUCUUGAGGGAUCCAAACAUCUCACUGAAAAGCAAAGCACAGCGAUUCAAGAGAGCGAAAGCCUGUUCAGUGCUAGUGGUUUGUGGAGGGCAGGGCCACAGACGGGUGAAUAAGAAGACCAGACAGCAACGACCAGACGAGCUCGUGUCUUCUGUUAUGGUCUGGCAGAUCCCCCUGUUAAAUAUAUAAGUGAAAGGCCACGCUUCCUGGGAUUGAAAUUUGCAAUCAAGGAUGACCUUUUAGCUAAAUCAUAUGAUGUAAAUGAUUUAGGCUGUAUCUACACUGGUUGGGGAUAAAUGAAAAACAGUAUUUGGGGAAGAAAUGUGCAAUAUCAGAAUGUUGGCUUUCCUGCCAAUUCCAUCCUUCUCUUCCACACAGCAGAGCGGAAUGUAAACACUUCUAAAGAAGGUAGAAGAUUGAUGCAGCUUUUGAGUAAUUUGAAGUUCUGGGAAAAUACCAUCCUCUCUUUGAUUGCUGUAGUCCAUACAUGAGUAAUAGAUAAUUCAACUUCAUCACCUUUGAAGCUAUGCCUGUAUCAUAUUGCUUACAGAAUUUGGAAACUAAGAAUUUGUGGGGAAAUUAUAGCAUAUUCAAUAGUGUAGGAAUUUAUUAACAAUUCUUAAUUUUUUUUUACUUGAUUCAGCUUCAUUUCUUUUAUUUAUAUUCCAUAUUUUAAAAAUUUCAGAAUAGAAUUUGUAACAAGAAAGCCAGGUAACAGAUACCAGUCCAGAGGAUGUUACUUGCUUUCAGAAAUGAGCUGGAUUUUCCAAAGUGGUAUGAUACACAUAUUGUAUAUUUUAACAAAGUAGUAUUUUUAUAUUGCAUUUUUUUUUCAAUUAAAAAAUUAACAGCUAAUGUUUUUGGUCAUAUGUUAUCUGUAACAUUUCACAAAUAAUAAUUGCUUUGAACCAAAAUGCUCAAUACCUAGCAACAUUAGACUCAAGCAUCAAUGCCAAAAUAUUCUUCCCUUCUCGUAUUAAAUAGCAUUAAUAUCUAUAUUAGAAAUAUAUAUGUUCUAGUGUUGUAGGAAAUGUAUACAUGAAGUCUUGGUCAAUUCUUUAAUGUGUUUCUUGCACCUGUUGACUGUGGAACACUGUCAGUUUGUGAAUAUGCAUUCGGAAUGGCUCGUGGUGCUAGUCAGUGUGGGUGUUCCAUUGCUGGCGAUGGGAUGUGGACCAAGAAAACCGAACCUCUGAUCAACACUAUGUUCAUUUAGAUAUCUCUUCUGCAGAAUGCACAGGUUUGUAUUCUGCAGUUCAUCUCUUCCAUGUCAAGACAUGUGAGUAAUCAGUGAGUUCCAUUAUGUUCAACGCAUAUUUAUGUAUCAAUGUUUUACUUACCGGACAAUUAAAAAAUUAAUGCAGCCAUUCACCAGAAAUAAAUUUCUUAGCACUUUACAGGUGAUUAAAGAUGCUAAUUUUAUGACUUGGCCAAAUAUUUUCUAAGGUGCAUAUAUACCCCAUGUGAAAGUAAUAUCUUCCCAAGCUUCCUUAAACUGUUAGCUACCAUCUUAUUUUAUAAAUAAAGUAUUUUAUUUGAAAAUAUAAUGUUACAGGGUGCCUUUUUUUUCCCCCAUAAAAUACAAAAGAGCAAUUAAAUUCUGGAGGGGAGUGGGGAAGCCUGAGCUAUCUUUUGACAUUAGGCAUCACCACUUGCUGGUUUGGAAGUGGUGACAGUUAUUUAUAAUUUCCAGAAACAGUUCACAAUGUAAAUCAAAAAUAAUACUUUGAAUUUGAAGUAGUUACUAAAAAAGUUUCAAGAGACUCAUGUACUGGACAGUUUUUAAUUUCAAUAGCAUCAUGAAUUGAAUGAGUUAAUAUAAGAAGUAUCUAUAGUGAACUAAGAUCUGUAACAUUUUGCACUGAUUAAAACAAUAAAGCAUCUCAGCGUUUUCAUGGUCAAAAAAAAAACAAAAAUUACUUCUGUAUACCUUUUAGUUAAACCAUGACACCUAAAGUAUUUUUGGUCUUCAUCAAUAUCUGAAAAACCUCAGCUUACAAAUGCCAAAUUUUCUUCAGCACAUAAAUAUGUAAAAAAGUACCAGUUGAGGUUUCAGUUUGCUUUUUAAUAUUGAUAAUAUCUCUAGAGAAAACUUAUAUAACAUUGUAUGUGUGUCACUUUACAUGUUUUUAUUGCAGAGUUUUAAAGUUCUGUCUUAGAGCUUUCAGGAUCAAUUUAUUACUAUUUUUAAUUAA